AUGUUGGUGUCCCGCCUGGAGUCGAGGAUCAGAGAUGCGCCUCAGCAGAAAGAGCUCGAUCAGGUGAAGGAGCUCGUUGCCAAGUUGACCUCCGAUCUCUCUGCGGCGAACGAGCGGGUAGCUCGUCAGGGUGAGCUCUUGAAGAAACACACCUCGCAGGAGGGUCGUGUGAAAGAGCUCGAGACCAGGGAGGCCGAUCUCUUGCGCCAGCUGUCCCAGAAUCAGGAGCAGAUGGCGGCUUUGCAGAAGGAGAGCUCGAGUGCGCUGACGCAGUCGCUUCGCCUUAGCCGGGAGAACCAGGUACUCGUCGCCGAGAAGGACAACAUAGCUCGCCGUGCCAACCGCGCAGGUCGGAGGGAGAUGGUCGCGAAGCAUCGGGAAGUGCUUGAAUCGGCUAAGGCAAAGUUCGAGGAGAAGAGGGUGGAAGGUGAGAAGGAGGGCGAUCAGAUCGAACUCCAAUCCAACAUCGAUCUCCUUACGUCGCUGAUCUCCGGUGCGAUCAACCAGGAGGAAGAGCUCGCCAGGUUGAAGGGGCUCGAGGAUGAGGUGGCCGAAGCAGCCAAGGCGGCCCAAGUCUCCGAUUUCUCGAUCGGGAAGUUCAACCUUCCCGUGGUUUCGGAGGACUCGGUCGCGCGCAUGGAGAUCGACCCAUCGACGAGCAUCCCGGUUGGCUUGAACCCGUUCGGGACGAAUGCCGAAGAGAAGGGAAGCAACGAGGAGGAAGAGAAGGAAGAUGAAGAGAUGACCGUCGAGGACUGA